AUGAAUGCAUUAAAAUAUAUUUAUAUAUCAAAACAAGAAGAAAAGGAUUUUAACAAUUUAGCCAGUGUUAAAGAAAAAAUUAGAACUCUUUGUUUUAUUCAACAAGGCUAUACUGGUAAAGUAGUAAUAGAGAACUUUCCUGAUUUAACUCAGUUGAAUUUAGGUAAUAAUGAAUUAGAAGAGAUCAUUAUUCACAAUUGCCCUGAUUUAAAAUUAGUUCAAGUAGCUCACAAUAAACUUACUAAGUUAAAGAUAGAGAACUGUCCAAAUGUUCAAGAAAACUAUACUCAUAAUAACCAAUUAACUAAAAAUGAAGUGGAAAAACUAGAUCUUAGCAGUUUAGGAUUACAAGGAGAAUUAAACUUGGAAGGAUUUACUAAUUUAAAGAGUUUAGAUUGUAGUGAUAAUGAACUAACUGAUUUGGAUUUGUAUGAGUGUAAGAAAUUGGAAUAUUUGGAUUGUUCAAAUAAUUAUCAAAAUGAAGAGGGAAUUGAUUUUUUAGAUGUUAGUGCAUGUAAGGAAUUAAAAGAAUUACAUGCUAAUCAUUGUAGUUUAAAUUUGACUAAUAAUAAAAAAUUAAAGCACAUUUACUGCUAUGAAAAUCAGAUUGAAGAACUAGAAGUAAAGCAUUUAACAGAAUUAGAGAACUCAUUUUGUUAUCAUAACAAUUUGAGAAAAUUGGAUUGCAGUGGACUAAAAAACUUAAAAGAUUUAUAUUGUGCUAAUGCUUCCAUUGAUUUUGACAAUUUACUAAAAACAUUGAAUGUUGAUGGUUGUGAAGCACUAGAGAAUUUGGAUUGUGCAGAAAAUAAUGGUCUGAAUGAAUUAAAUCUUAUUAAUUUACCUAAACUCAGUUUUGUUUCUAUUAAAGAAUAUGGUCUUAAUCAACUUGAAAUCAAAAAUUGUCCUAUGUAA